UCGUGUUCUGGAAAGUGCCAUUUCGUCGUGCAGCUUUGCUCUUAUUGUUUCGGGGGAGGCCUUCGUUCUCGUUUCUUUCGCAGCUUCCCGGCUUGGUUUCUGCAACUUCCGUGCGCCAUUGCGGAUAAACCUUAGGUUUCAUAAAAUUCCUCCAUUUAUCUUAUUCUUGCGGCUUAUUUGUUCGAACCUGACUCUCAUCAGUCGUAGACUGCAGGGUUUGAUGUCCUCAGUUGAAGCAACGAGUCCCUAAGUGAUGGCAGACUUACUGGCAGAUUGAUUUGAUCUUAACUCAGCUUCUCAGAAUCUUAGCUGCGGUUCCAUUGAUGCGCACACACUGCUAGUGGUCGGUUCCUUUUGCAAGAUGAACAAUUCAUCAACUGAAGACCAUGGUGAAGUAACUGUGGCGGGAUUUGAAGUUCCAAAAUCACCUGAUUCGAGCUAUAACAACGCGUACCCUGGUAGUGAUGAUGAAACACGAGAUCCACCUAUGUUCCCUCCCCAUUUGCAUCACACUCUACUCAGCUAUCCUGCUAGUAGAGACACUUCGGGAACACUACCGUUACCAGAAAAUGUGAUCUUGAAUCAUCUUUAUAUUGAGAACAGUGAGGCCCCAAGAUCCGUGUUGGCACUGGGAUUUACUCAUCGCUUCCGUUCUAAAUUUGUUACAGUUGUGCUUUACAAACCGGUCCCCAGAAGGGGAAGUACAAGCGUUUAAUAUGCACAUAGUGAUUACUGCCCUUCAGCCGUGUUCGUUUGUAAUGCGGCUGCAUUGAAAUUAGAUAUUAUAGACUAAAUAUCCGGGUUAGCGGGAAAAUAUAAUUGUUGUCCAUAGCAGUUGAAGUUCUUCAGAUCAUGUCAGGGUACUCCGUAAUUUAAAUGUUUAUCCUGUUUCAAUGUUUUGUGGCAAUGUUUUGAGCUUUUGCCA